GAAGGAAACUACACAAAAGCUCGCUGAACACUAAGACCCGUUAUCUCAGUGGUAAGACGUCGGCUCAAUCGAGGAAAUCAGUUUGGGAGUAUUGAAUGAAGGGAGGGUAGUUCGGCAGGUACGCCACAUUUUGUAGCAUCGGAAAAAUGCCUGUACUUGAGUCAAUGAUGCUUGGGGAGAAGACGGCUGUUGUUUUUGACAUAGGUUCUGUGUACACAAAGUGCGGUUUCGCUGGUGAAACAGGACCCAGGUUUAUAAUUCCUACUGAAAUUACUUUGCCCUCGGGUGUUAAACAAAGUCUCGUUAACAUUACGAAAAAAGAUGAGAAAAAGCAGUUCCUGACAACAUUUCUUUACAAUAUGUACUAUCGGUAUGCAGUCGUAUAAAAUGAGUUCUUCAGACAGAGGAUAGACACUUAUUAGUGAAUCCAAAGGACCGUCGAGUUGUUGUAGUUGAAAGUGUACUCUGUCCAUCAUCAUCCCGUGAACUGUUGGCGGAUAUCUUAUUCAAUCAUUUUGAGGUAAUCUUAUGAUCUAUACAUAUACAUGUUUCUCUGUAGGCGCCUUCUGUGCUUUUCGCUGCUUCACAUUUAAUGGCUUUGUUCACUCUAGGAAUUUCUUCUGCUGUUGUUCUGGACUGUGGUUAUUUAGAUGCGCAAGUCAUACCUGUCUAUGAAGGCUACACAUUAUUGAAUACCUGGCAGUCUGCACAACUUGGUGCUAAAAGAAUCCAUGAAGACAUAAAGUGUUACUUAAUUGAGAAUGCUAAGUUAGUCGAUGUCAUUAAUGGAGAGUCGCAUUUUUCUCGGUGUCCAGAUUCUUUUGUGUCAGAACAUACUAUCGAAGAUAUAAAAGUCCGCACAUGUUUUGUUAGCCCACAAAGUAGGGCAAUACAAUGGAAGGCUUGGCGGGAUGCAGUUGAACCCUCUGUCAAGAAACCUGCUUCACAUCAAGAAACAUUUCUUUUCCCUCUAGAUAGAUUAGGUGACGAAAGGCCCAUCCAGAUUCCAUCAGAAAUCCGAGAGUUGGCAGUCGAAUGUUUGUUUUCUGGGGACAACGAUCAAAUCACAAUCACCACACUAAUUUUAAAAUCCAUUUUGUUGGCUCCUAUCGACAUAAGAAGACAUUUGGCAGAAAACAUUAUACUCAUUGGCGGUACAGUCAUGAUCCCUGGUUUCCUACCCCGUCUUCAGGAGGAACUUAAUUCACACCUGGAUCUCCCUGAGUUCUCGAAACUACAAGCCUUAAAGGGGUCUUUUAAGUUUCAUACACCACCUGGUGAGGCAAAUUACAUAGGAUGGCUUGGUGGUGCUAUUUUCGGAGCAUUAGAAUGUCUACCGGGACGUUCAUUAAGUCGGACAAGUUAUUUAGAAAAUGGUAUAGUUCCUGAUUGGUGCACUCAAAUUGAUCAAACACACAAAGAUCUCGAAAGACAAGAUACCACUCGUCAAUGACAUUAACACUGAUAAUAUCGUCAUUUAUUCCUUUAUAUUUAUUGUUCAAUUAAUUUUUUAUUUUUGGUAUAUGUAAGCCUAUGUUGACUUUUCUCCCUUCUUUGCAGUUGUCCUAAAAUAGUUUUUAUUUUGAUAAUUCAACUUAUCAGUGAGCCAUCACUUUUACCAUUUUUUUUAUUUAUUUGCUUGAGUUGUUUUGCUAUAUUUUGUAUAUAUUUUUUCAAGGGAAUAAUUAUGUGGAUUUAAGAGUUGGGAAAUAUGGAAA